UGCGGCUCCCUGUCCCACCAACUCCAGACAGUCAGUCAGCCACGGUGGUCCGACACAGACACGUCAGGAGGCUUCUGAAGGAGUUUCACACAGACAUGGGGACUCACUGAAGGCACAACAACAUCCUUCAUCGGCAGCAUCCCGCUGGAGCAACUGAAAGGCGGACACCAUGAACUACGUGGGCCAGCUGGCAGGACAGGUGCUGGUAACCGUCAAAGAACUGUACAAGGGCAUAAAUCAGGCCACAUUAUCGGGCUGCAUCGAUGUUGUGGUUGUCCGCCAGAGAGAUGGCACUUACCAGUGCUCGCCAUUCCACGUGCGCUUUGGCAAGCUGGGGGUACUGCGCUCCAAAGAGAAAGUGAUUGACAUUGAAGUGAAUGGAGAGCCAGUAGAGCUGCACAUGAAGCUUGGUGACAACGGAGAGGCCUUUUUUGUAAAGGAAGCCGAGGAACUGAAUAUUGUCCCCGCCCACCUGGCCACCUCCCCGAUCCCCACGGAGAGUCACCUGUUCUGGAUCUCGGAGGUGGAGCACAGAGCCCCAAAAGGUCUGGAGGAUGACCCCGCAGACCCAGAAGACCCCCCCGAGCCUCCUGCUCCGAGCACCGGGUCCACAAAAAAGAAGAAGAAGCGGAGGAAGAAGCACAAAGGAGACCCCCGAAGAGAGGAGCUGACCCCGCCCAUGUCGGUCACUACUGGAAACGCUAUCGCUGCUAACAUACCUGCUGCUACGACUGCUGCUAUGUCCAGCGCUGGGCAAAAUGAGGAGAUCUUUGAGAUGGACCUGAGCUCUGACGAGGGGGGGUCAGCACAUGUCUCAAGGUCACCUUCACUGUCCACAAUGCGAGACAUUGACCCCAAACUACCUGCAGCCAGACACAGCAUCGAUGGUUAUCCGCUGUCUGAUGGGGACUGGCCGUCACAUGACAGUCAUGGCUUGUCUCAGGCCUUUUCCCCAAAGAGUGACUCUGAGCUGAUGGUCCGGCCCUCAGAGAGCAUGCUCAGAGCCGAGUCCCACAUGCAGUGGACCUGGGGGGAGCUCCCAGAAACCACCAGGGUCCCCAAGAAGGAGAAAGCAGAACUACUAAAAACAGUGAGGAUCACCCCAUCAGAGAGCACCCACUUCCGGGUCAUCCUCAGCUCUGAGGCCAUGGAGGAUGACUCUGAGAUUGAAAGGGGAGACGCGUCCUCCUCCUCCUCCUCAGUGUGUGCCAUCGUCAAACCCGAGCCACGGACACCCAUCACCACUUUAACACCCGUGAUGCCUCUGGAAUCCAUCGACAUCAUAACCUCUGAUAGUCCCCUGACCCCCGCAGAUCCUCUGGAUGUCCUCCCACCCAAUGUGGCAACCUCCACCCCUUCCAACAGCCAACUGAGCGACUCGCCCUCUAAGAAGAAAGGUGUCCCAAAGAGGAGCCAGCAUCAGGGUCCUGAGGAUAUCUACCUAGAUGACCUGAAUGUACUUGAACCUGAUGUUGCUGCACGAUAUUUCCCUAAGAGUGAGUCUGAGGCAGCUACAAAGCUGUGGAUGGACUCUGAGAUGCACUCCGGCUCUCAGUCUCCUCAGUCGGUGGGCAGCGCGGCGGCUGACAGCGGCACAGAGUGUCUUUCUGACUCAGCGAGUGACCUCCCCGACGUCACUCUUUCUCUGUGUGGAGGCCUCACAGAAAAUGCUGAAAUAUCCAAAGAGAGGUUCAUGGAGCAUAUCAUCAUCUAUAGUGAAUUUGCUGAAAGUCCAGCAAUUAUCGAUAACCCUAACCUGGUAGUGAAAAUAGGAAAUAGAUAUUAUAACUGGACAUUAGCUGCACCCUUGAUUCUGAGUCUACAAGCAUUUCAGAAGAACUUACCAAAGGCUACAGAGGAGGCUUGGAUGAAGGAGAAAAUGCCAAAGAAGUCAGGCCGCUGGUGGUUCUGGAGAAAAAGGGCAGACAGUUCAAUCAAGCAGUCGGAGACUAAGCUUGAAACAAAGGAGGACUCUCAUCUGGAGGAAGAAGGAGCCUCCAUGUCUCAGGAGAAACUGCCCCUGCCGCCUAAAGCCGGAGACUCCUCUAGUGAUGAAGAGGCCAAGGAGGUGAGCGCUGCUUCCUGUCAGGAGAGACUGCAGCCAGUCGAUGUUCAGCACCACCCGAGCCCCCCCACUUACAGGAAGUCACUACGCCUGUCCUCUGACCAGAUAGCCAGUCUGAAACUGAAGGAGGGACCUAACGAUGUGAUGUUCAGCAUCACUACCCAGUACCAGGGCACAUGCCGCUGCGAGGGCACCAUCUAUCUGUGGAACUGGGACGAUAAAGUCAUUAUCUCUGACAUCGAUGGCACCAUCACCAAGUCAGAUGUGUUUGGACAGAUCCUGCCACAGUUGGGGAAGGACUGGACCCACCAGGGCAUUGCCAAGCUCUACCACUCAGUAGCUGAGAACGGCUACAAGUUCCUGUACUGCUCAGCGCGAGCUAUCGGCAUGGCGGACAUGACACGAGGUUACCUGCAGUGGGUCAAUGACGGAGGCACCAUUCUCCCCCGGGGACCCCUCAUGCUGUCUCCCAGCAGCCUCUUCUCCGCCUUCCACAGGGAGGUGAUUGAGAAGAAACCAGAGAUCUUCAAGAUUGAAUGCCUUACAGAUAUCAAGAACCUGUUCCAGCAUAACAAGCAGCCAUUCCACGCCGCCUUUGGGAAUCGAGCUAAUGAUGUGUUUGCCUAUAAGGAGGUGGGAGUCCCAGUGUGUAGGAUCUUCACUGUCAACCCCAAGGGAGAGCUGAUCCAGGAGCAGACCAAGGGCAACAAGUCCUCUUACAGCAGGCUGAGUGAGCUGGUGGAGCACGUGUUCCCUCUGCUGAGUAAAGAGCAGAACGAAGCCUUUGUGCUGCCGGAGUACAGCUCUUUCUGCUACUGGAGACAGCCCAUAGCCGACAUCGACCCCGAGGAACUGGUCUAAUCCGGCACUAUGGAGAUCCAGGUGCCCAUAUACAUGCAAAUAGACUGUGCACUUGAAUGCAUCGCCAGGAGACACGUGGACUGAAACACAAACUCUCCUGCAUCUCGCGCGCACACACACACACACACACACACACACACACACACACACACACACACACACACACACACACACACACACACACACACACACACACACACACACACACACACACACACACACACACACAGGGUUAUGACCAUUAACACAAACUAGCUGUUAAACAGUAAUCACCCAUUAGAGAUAACUGGAAGUUUUCUCAAGAACAGUAAAUCCUGAUGAAUAAUCCCUGAGAACUUUCAUCCCUAGCAGACGAGAGACAAAUCCUGAGAGAAGAUGGUCAUCUAAUUGAAGACAUCCGAACCCAGCGAGAGAUCUGUCCUCCCCGUCAAAGUGCAGCGAUAAAGAUCUGAGCAUAAUCUUUGUUCUCUGUAACUCCUAUAAACAGGAUGGUCUGCACUUCCCAUCAGGAACCGACUGAAGCCCCACACGAGGCAUUAGCUUUCAGCACUAGAGUCGGCACUCUGCAGAAGGAAAAUACAUCUUUCUCGAAUCACGAUUUUGUACAUGUCCUGAAUGCCCUGACUAAGCCAAGUGAUAUGUUCAAAGCAAAGAAGACGCACAGGGUAGGCAAUAAACACUGGCCACUAGUUAUAUGCUGGUAAUAUUUAGCUGUGGCUGCUAUGUUUGCAUCGACACAGGUCUCCAGUCCUUUCUCUGUUCUAAAACAUAAAGUAUUGAAUCCCUGCUUCACCACCUAUGAACCACGCCUUGUCUCAAAAAUGAUGUUUCCAUAUGAAAGUGCAAUGCCAAUUAUGUACAUUUGUUUUUGACCUGGAACAAAUAUGUUUCUAAUCAAAGUCUUCAGAAGUUUGCAUAUAAAUGAGUUGGUCAAUUAUAGGAUUGACCCCCACGGUUGUUUGUUAACCAUGUGAUACUAAAAGUCUAUGUUGACCUUUUUCCUACUUUACUUCAAUAACCACAACAACAAGCCAAACCGUGAUCUCUUUUUGAACAAAACCAAGUCUGGUUUGUUUAAAUUUACAAAAAGUUAAAACUUUGUCACUGAGAAAAAUAUGUUUCUUCAAAAACACAACUGGGAAUGCAGUUUAAUUGUACAGGAAUGUUAUGUUGUAGGAGACAAAUGUAAGGGUUAUGUGAGCCAUACACCGCAGUUCCUUUCUCUGUGUAGGUGUUCAGUUUGGUUGCUGACUCUGGAUCUGUUCAUUAGUUUGCUGAUCACCACUUUACCUGCAGAACUUACCACGUUCAUAGCUACUGAGUCAUGUUUGUUACCGUUAAUAUUCAAGGUCAUACCAGGGGUACAUUUUUGCCAACAAGUAUGUGAAGAUACACAGUUAGAUGAAGGAACUCAUUGUAUUUUGUGUAGCUGUUAUUUUAAUAUGAUUAUUCUGUUCUACAAGCUCUGGCGAAAUCAAGUGUGUUUUGUUAACAAUGCAGUCAUUAUUUAUAAUAAUUGGUAUGUUUAAGUUAUUGAUUUCUAUCGUGAUGCCUUUGCUUGUCUGAAAAAGUAAUUUAUUACCAAUGCAAUGUGGAAAUACUUCAAAAUGCUACUUUGUAUGGUUGGUCAUUGGUUAACAUGCACUUAACAGUAACUGCUCGGCCUUGUAUGGUUUCUUUUUUUGCCUUGUAUCCUAUUUUCACAACGAUCUGUAUUCCUUGUUUUACAUUGAAACUUCCAACAUCCUAAGGAACAGACACAUUCCUCAGAAGAUCUCAGAAUCCGCAGCUUUAGUGUUCAAAUAUGUGUGUGAAAGAAAAGAUAACGCUUGAGUUGAAAUAAGCAUAUCUGGAGAGAGGGCUUAACAUGAAGGAUUUACCCUUGGGCGAGGUCCUCUGUAGGAUGACGAUGGGAAGAUGUGUGUGUGUGUGUUUCUAAUCACUGAGUUGUGCUGCUGUUGGGGUGACUGACAUGAUGCAAUCCUCCUUUGUUCCCUCAGUGGCUUUACUAAGAUGUACCCAACGCACUUUGUCUAAGCUGCACCUCUGACCCGCAUGCACUUCACUGAAGGGUCUCGACAGACAGAAUAUCAGUUUUUCAGAAUGUCAAUAUGAGGAAUGUUGAAAGGGGAUUUGAAGGCUUCAAAGCAAGAAGAGGGGAUGAAAAACCAAAUAAUGUUCAAUUAGGGAGCUGUGCAAAGUGUGUAUAAGUGUGUUAGAGCUGCAGUGAUUGGUUGACAGGGAAAAAACACGUACUUUUCGGAUUAUCGCAUACUAUUUUUCAUUGAUUAAUCGUUAGUCAAAUGUUGUUUUCAGCCUCUAAAAUAAGGACAUUUCUGGAUUAUCUCAGUUUUAUUUUAUAUUAAAUAUAUUUUGGUUUGUGACUGACAGGACCAGACUUCACAUCGGUCUUUGAAAAAAAAAUGAUGCAAUAUUUGUAUUUUUCCCAACAUUUUACCAAGUGAUUAAUCGUGAAAAUAGUGGGCAGAUUUGUCGAUAAUGAAAAUAACUGUUCCAGCCCUAUUGGGGGUGUGUGUGUCUGUGUGUAGGACUAUUGACUGAUCCCGUGCCUCUGGUAGCAGAGGAAGAGCCUUUGGGUCUUGUUGGGAGGUAAACAGGAAAUACUUGAGGAAGCGUUCUGAAAGUGCUUCACUGGCAUUAUGUGUGUGUGUCGUAGGAACAGAGAUGUGUGCAGAUGUGCCGCUCCACUGACAUGCAUCAUACCUCCAGCACAAGUGUAACAGUCCCAUGAUAAUAUGUGCUAGUGAGGAUUCAACAUUAAAAGAGAGUCUGACUGAGACUUAACAAAAGCACAAGUUAGCAUCAUGGCUACAUCCACUAUUACCGUCAUUAUUUGGCUGAAGUGUUUUCACGCUGUCGCGCAGAUGUUUUUGUGAUGAUUAAGAUGCGUGUUUUGAUUUAUUUACUUGUUCUCUUCGAAGUUUGGUGAAGUCAAAUAGAUAUAUAUCUUAUGAUUAACAAAAUGAAUUCCAUUCUUUCUAUGAAAGUAAAGCAUCUUGUGUGGAAGAAUCACACUUCAUCCUCUAUGAUCCUGGGAUACGUGGUAUAAAUAAUAUUGUUUGUUCUCACUCGACUGCUGUGGAAAAGUAUCCAGAUAUGCUGAUCAUCACAUUCUUCUGUCUUCGAUGCCUUUUUCUUCUAGAUUUUAUUAUUUCUUAUAAAGUGUAUGAUCUUUCUGUUUGUUUCUUUCUAUUUGAAGGUAACGCUUGCUAUUUUGAUUGUGUCUGACCAACAGGAAUACCUUAAGUGUAUGCUGUGUUUGAUUUGUAUAAAAUGUGGUUAAAAGUAUGUUUAAAGAACAAAAUACAUUGUUAGACGAAAAAAUGUUCAGGCCUAAUUAAGCUAACAGAGUGUGGCUUGUGGUCAUAUUUGUAUUAAAAUAAAGUUUCUAACUGAAUACUUUAA